AUGUCUUCCAAGCAAAACACGGCGGCUGCCCACCCGCCGGCCAAGACGGCGCUCCUCCUCCUCGACUACCAAAACUACAUCGUCAACAUGAUCAACCCUCCCGCUGUCCAAUCCAAGGUCGUCGAGGCAGCCGGCGCCUUGCUCAAGGCCGCCCGCGAGGCCUCGGCACCCAUUUUCCACUGCCACAUCGACUUCGCGUCUGAGCCCGUUCCGACCAGCAAGAUCACUGAUCGGUGGGAGUCCGCCCUGAAGCCGAUGCUCGCCAGCAGUCCCGAGCAAGGCCAGGAGUGGCCGGCGCUUACACCGCCAGCCACGGCGGCAGACAACGAACACACUGUCGCAAAGAGGCCCGGUUGUGUUUCUGCAAUGAAGUCCAAGGAUAUCCUCUCGCUGCUUCGCGACAAGUACAAGGUUGAGAGCGUUGUCAUGUGCGGCCUCAUCACGAGCGGCGCCCUGGUGAGCACCGCUAGAGAAGCGGCGGACCUGGGGUUCGUCACGACGGUCGUGGAGGACGGGUGCUGGGACUAUAACCCCGACGCCCAUAGAGUCAUCAUCGACAAUGUCGUGCCCAUGACCGCGUGGGUCGCCAGCCUGGAAGAGGCAUUGAAGUUGUACAACAAUUGA